GGGACAACUAACGUAAUUUCACCCCAUAUAGUGGCGGUUUGCUUGCGGCUUUGAAUAUGAACCACAAUAUCAAGAAAAAUGCCGUCGCCGCGUCAUUGAAGCAGACGAUCGCUUGCCCCGGUUCCUGCAUUCGCGGGUAAAAGCUGCCCUCAGAAAUCAUGACGUCAUAUCUGGCCCUGUUGGGGACAAAAUCGAAAAAUGAUCGAAGAGUGUGUCGGGCCGGGGAAAUCCAUUUUGAUUUGUAGUGGAUUGUUAGCUCAAGGAUCAACAUUCGGAUCCCGUUCGUUAAUUAUAAGCAGCUCUUGCAGACAACUCUUCGACAACUAUUACAGGAAAGUUUUCUUUCGGACACUUUUUUUUUGAGAGAACGACUUGGAUUCUGGAGCUACAUGUAUUCCGCAAUAUAACAAAAUCGUUCUGUGACUUCUAAUUUUCCAGUAAGUACGAGGUCUAUGAAAGGGAAAUACACCAGAUAACAUUUGGACAUGGCCGGGGAAACCAAGGGAGAGAGAAAGCUGAAGCGACUGGAAGAAGCAACGCGGUGUCCGCAAUGCCAGAAGCAGUUCCAAGAUCCUCGAUACUUGUCCUGCGGACACUCCUUCUGCCGUAAGUGCAUCUCCGAGCUGGUAGUUUUGAAAACGGUGUCCUGUACGUUAUGUGAGAAGCCCUCGCACGUUCCACAUGGAGAUACGGGCAACCUGAUGAAGAAUCUAACACUGGCCGGUUUAAUAGACUCCUACAAAAACCCUUAUACCGAGCCUUCGAUCAAGUGCUCUGGGUGCAGGGUAUACGAAUCGAGGGAAGCCGUGGACCAUUGUUACACCUGCCACAAGUCAAUUUGUUCCCUGUGUUCGCAGUCCCACUUCAAUUUUCGUCACAAGGUGGUUCCCAUUGCAGAUUACGAGAUGGAAAGCAUGCAAGCAAGAGACAAGAUGACAGAGUCACUUAUCGGUAGAAUAGCCAUUAAGAAGAAUGCACUCGAGCAGAGAAAGGGGCUGGUGUCGACGCAGGUAAAGCGGGUUGAAUCUUCGGCAUGCAACCUGAUCGAAGAUAUUCGGAAGACCUUUAACGAACAUUUCAAGCGUCUUCAAGAGGUUAGAGAUGCUCUUCUUGAAGAGACGAGAGAUCGCGAGGAGUUCUUGUUGAACAAGCUGCAGACGGUGGAAGACUACGUGCAGACCUACCAGGAAUCGCUCUCAAAGAUCAGCGCCAACUUGAUGAUGAACAACAACAAGAUCCUGCGUGGAGGAGCAUUAACGAACCACAUCACCCUUUGCCAAGAACUAGAAGGGCUCCUCCAGGAUGACAUUGAUGUGGGUAUACUCAAGGAGACGUCAGCGUAUUCAGAGAGUUUCAGCUUCCAUGCCAAUGAACCAUCAAGUAUGGGCACGACGGAACGGACACAUCCGGGAGAGUGGAAACUUGGAUUUGACGUGGUCGCACCUAACAUCGGAUCAGUACGCAGUUUGUGUGCCACACCAGAUGGAAAGUUAGCAGUCGGUUAUGCCAAAAAUAACGGAGGUAUGAGUCUGUUCAACCCGUGUGGAAGAUGGGAACAUAUCGUGUCUCUAGACGGCAUCAUGGUGAGAAGCGUGGCGUUUCUUACUGACGGCCGUUGCAUCAUUCUGGAUACCGAUAACAACUUGUCCAUAUACAGUAUUUCGAUGGAGAAGCAAAGCUUUGAAUUCGAAACUCUUGAUAAUUCUAAAGGAGGAACUGGGCAGAUCUGUGUUGACGAACAGCAUUCUAUCUUUGUAGCAUACAAAGCAGCAAAAAAGAUCCAGAUCUUUUCACCGAAUGGCGGAGCUGCUCGGAAAGAGAUUGCCUUUGGCGGCAUAGAUCCCCUUGACAUUCGCGUGUCUCCAGGUGGCGCGUUGUUCCUGGUGUCUUGGAGGAAGUUGUUUAUGCUUAAUCUUAAAGGUGAAAUCACUGGCCAGCUCAUGAACAACUCUUCUGAUGAACUCAUGGUUGCUGAUGUCUGCAGAGACAACACCUUGCUAGUUGGGUACGUCUCCCAGCGCACGGAAUGCGACGGAGUGGACCGACUGACUAUUCGUAGAUACGACGGUACAACAGCCUUCAACCUCAAGGGAACACUUGUCAAUGAACAUCCCAUCGCAAUAUCGAAAGUUCCUUUCUAUUCUAUAAGGGAACUGACGACUGGUGAGAUAUGCUUCAGCACAAAAGACAGGGUUUAUAUCUUCAAGGCAGCGAUAGAUAAGAUCAAUGACGUCGGGUUUGAUGAUUACGACAUUUGUUCUACGAGAGCUUGAACCAAUGACCUGACCUAUGACCUCAUCAUCAGAAAAAUUGAUAAAUAAGAAAGAACCUUCUAUACAAUAUUAAUCUGCUGUGAGUGUUCUACUAUAUUCGACUGAAAAGAAGUUGGUGUUUGCUGUUGGAUCGUCAUGUGUUUAAAAGUCUUUCAACAACAAUAAUACCAAAACUUAUCGGCAUAAUUAGUAAAAAAUAAUCUUUAGGGCUAUGUUCAUAGUGUGGUUGUGCGUUUUUGUAUUCAUGAGAUUUCUUGUGUCUCUCCCCCCUCUCUCCCUCUCUUUCUCUCUCUAUCCUCUCCACUCCUCUUUAUUCAUAAUCUUUAUCUUCGUUUUUGUAGAACUGUAAUGCUCAUACAAAAUUUUAUUUAAAAGAAUUAAUAUUACAGAUAUAUAAUAUCUGUUAUCACCAACGUUUACCCAACAACAAAAAAAAUUAUUUGCAAAUUGCAAAUUAGAUUGCCAUCGUGUAGUAGGCCUACUUGUCAGUUGGAAAUACUGAUAUUACGUAAGAUGAUAACAAUCUUAUCCCUUGUUCUUAUCAUAAUCAGUCUGAUGUUUUAUAUUUCUUAUUUAUAUAAACACGACUUAUUCAUUUAUUAUCCGAAUAUAAAAACUAUUCGUCGUCUUAAAAUGUAUUUCAAGGAAAAUAUAAAAAUAUUAGUGUGCAUUUAUUCGAUGUUUCUUGUUUAUUCCCAAACACGACUUCUUCAUUUUUUCCAUCCGUCUACAUUAAUUAAUCGUCGUCUUAAAAUAUAUAACAAGGAAAAAAAACUAGUAUUAUUGUGCAUUCAUUCGAUAUUUCUUAUUUAUAUAACAAAACACGAAUUGUUCAUUUAUUAUCCUUGAGCAAUUAUUCGUCGUCUUUAAAUGUAUUUCAAGGAAUAUAUAACAAUAAUAGUGUGCAUUUAUUCAGUCUAUUUCCUGACGAAAUUGAUAUGUCAGGGUAAUAUAUUUAGAGUCUCUUUGCAAAGAAGAGUAGUGUCAAUAUUAUUUUUAGUUUUCAUUUGUCAAUUAAAGGUAAAUUAAUUAUUAACUGACAUGAUUUAAGAAUGGAUUUUAUCAUAUCGUAUUGAUUUCAGGUUGGCAUAUAUACCCCUUUAAUCAGGGGCGGUGUCAGAUUGUGGGGGCAUGUGUGCGACCGCCCUCGAUGAUUUUCAAAUAGUGAAAAAGAGGGGUUAACAAUAGAAGACGGAAUAAAUAAUUGUAUAAAUGAGAAGAGUCUGGGUCACGCAUGGACCCUCCAUAUUGUUUUAAUUGAGAAUGAAAUUGGCGUCAACUUUAUGGGUCGUCUUGCUACCCCCUCCCCCUACUGAAAUAAACCUGGUACGGCCCCUAGACUUACUGGAACAAAGGACGCAGAAUCGAGGUUUUUCACAUUCAAAAGUACGAAUAUUUAAUCAUCAAUUGAAGAUCACAACCUUAGAUAGUACAUUGUUUUUGCAAUAUCCGUGUGGCUGUUACUGAGUUAAAAUGUACAUAGAUUAAUGAUCAAUAAAAAUCAUUGUCAAGCGAAAUAA